AUGUUCAAUGCUACCCAACACCGCGGUAACCCCAACUUGGGGCCCGCGCCUCCUGGUCAGCCGAAUCACCGCCUGAACGAGAUCAUGGAGUCCCUUCGAGCCGAGUUCGACAACCAGAGCCGGGCGUCAGAACAGGUCGAAAGCCAGGUCGCACAGCAGAUCCAAGAGAUGGAGCUCAUCCGUAACAAAGUCUACCAGCUGGAGCAGAACCAGCUCAAGAUGAAGCAGGACUAUGAGGCUGAGAUCCGCAUGCUGCGACACGAACUGGAGAUGCGCGGAGGCCCGCAAGUGCAAUCUCAUCUUGGUGGCCCGCCUCAGCAUUCCGGUCCUGCCCAGCCUCCUCCCGCUCUCGGACACGGUCAGGGAGGUUUGUUCAGUGGCAUCAUGGCGAACCAAGGCCAAGGGGGUCCAGGGCUACCUCCUCAGCCGGAUCAGCCUCCUCCACAACAGCAUCCUUUGCAGCCGCCUCCCCCGGCCGGACAGCCGCAAGGCCCACCGCAGCCACCGAAUUCCUUUCCCGGCUAUCAACAGGGACCUCCAUUGAACGGUUACGGGCCGCAGUCACAGCCUCCCACCAAUUCACCAGGUCUGGGGAAGAACCGAUCAAUGGGCACGCGAGGUGGCCCUGGGCCUGGGCCUGCGACACCUCAACAACAUCCCAACCAACCACAACCGAUGCCAUAUCAGAAUGAUCCACGCGCGUCGCCUCAGAUUCCACGCCCCACUCCCCCCGGCAGUGAAAUGCAGCAUGCGCCGCGUCACCAAAUGCCUAAUCAGAGUCAAUAUCCCAACGUGGGCAACGUUCUCGCCGACCUCAACCCAGACGACCUGCCAGAUCACCUAAAGCGCAUGUCGGCGGACGGCGAGUGGCAUGCCGUCUUUAACCCGAAUGUCCCCCGUUCUCUGGAUAUCCAGCUGUUGCACAAUCUUCAACAUUCCUCGGUCGUGUGCUGUGUCCGCUUCUCCAACGAUGGCAAGUAUAUUGCCACUGGGUGCAACCGUAGCGCUCAAAUCUUUGAUGCUCGUGAUGGCGCAAAGGUCUGUGAACUGCUCGAUGAAACCGUCCAAGACAAGGAUGGCGAUUUGUAUAUCCGAUCCGUCUGCUUUUCCCCGGAUGGCAAACUGUUGGCCACUGGUGCGGAAGACAAGCGAAUUCGCGUGUGGGAUAUCGCGAACAAGCGCAUUCGCACCACAUUCGACGGUCACGAACAAGACAUUUACUCGUUGGAUUUCUCACGAACUGGACGCUUGAUUGCGUCUGGCUCCGGCGACAAGACAGUGCGCCUCUGGGACAUUGAGUCAAAUCAGCAGGUUAUGGUACUCUCGAUAGAGGACGGCGUGACCACUGUGGCCAUGUCUCCGGACGGCCGCUUCGUCGCUGCUGGGUCCCUGGACAAGAGUGUCCGAGUUUGGGACUGCUCCAGCGGAUACUUGAUUGAGCGACUGGAAGGGCCACAAGGCCACAAAGACAGCGUCUACUCUGUGGCAUUCUCUCCCAGCGGGCGGGAGCUCGUCAGCGGCAGUUUGGAUAAGACGAUCAAGAUGUGGGAACUGACGCCACAGAGAGGUCUCAUCCCAGCAUCUGCCACGAAAGACGGCAAAUGCAUUCGCACCUUUGAGGGACACAAGGAUUACGUUCUCUCCGUCUGCCUCACUCCUGGCGGCGAAUGGGUCAUGUCGGGCUCGAAGGACCGUGGAGUCCAGUUCUGGGACCCCCAGACUGGUAAUGCUCAGAUGAUGCUCCAAGGACACAAGAAUUCGGUCAUCUCGGUCGCCCCUUGCCCCACAGGACACCUGUUCGCCACGGGCUCGGGAGACAUGAAGGCUCGGAUCUGGCAGUAUACCACCUAUCGGGCCGUGCACCAAGGUCUGUAG